AUGGCGAACUCGGGUGUGACUGGCACGACAUGUGCUAUCAACCAUGUUGCUUUGUCGGUCGACGAUCUCGACCAGGCUGUUCAAUGGUAUACAGAAAAUCUGGGAUUUUGCGAAAUCAUUCCCUCAGCUUAUAUGGAUCGAGAGAAAGAUCCUAAAGGAAUCGUUUUCCGAGUGUAUGGUGGCGAGCUUCACAAAGUCAAAGUGGCAUAUCUUGAAGCUUCAAACAGUGUUGGGUUCGAAAUAUUCCAGUUCAUUGAUCCGAAAUCUGAGGCAGGGACAGUUCAACAGCCAACACGCUUCGAUGCAAGGUCUUGGACUCAAGGCGGUUUCUUUCACGUUGCCGUGACGGCAGCUGAGCCCCAGAAGCUGGCUAGCAAGAUUGAAGAUGCCGGAGGGCGACGAGUGGGAGACGCCGUGACCUUAUCCAACGGCCAUACGGCACUCUACGUGCAAGAUCCUUGGGGCAACGCGAUCGAGAUCUGCUCCACGAAUUUUUUCGACCUGAUCACAUCUGCAAAUCGCCAUGGCUAA